GCGGGCGGAGGCGAUGAAUCCCAGCCAGACGGAGGAUUUCUACGGAAAUGCCGUUGGGUCAAACUACUGUUAAACCCUUCGCGAUCAUCAGUCUCGACAGACAUUCUUGCAAUGGCGAGAUAAUGGUGAGAGUGAGGCCGCUAUUUAAAGCUAAGAAAAAAACGCCGCUGCGCUUAUGAUCGCUGCUAAAUUCGUCUGUGAUCGGCAGCGGCUUGAUGAUCAGAGGUAGCAGCGACAGAGAACGGUUCAGGUAGCGGCUUCAAGGAGACCGUUGCGAUGCUACGUAGGCACCUGGAAGAAAAUGGCUUUACUACCAUGAGAGAGUGUGCGUGAGCCCGGUUUUCUGGUGGCAACAGACCUCUAUCGAUCCGGUCUUUCUUGUUUUUAUUUGGCCUUUUAAAUCUAGUUUUUUUGCUUUCAACAACACGUUAUCUUGGAUACAGUGAGGACACAAAGCGAGCUGAUGAAGUUUGGGGGAAUGGCAGGUCGAAGUCGAAGAGCAUGGUUUAGUGUUCUGUUGGGACUGGUUGUCGGGUUCACGCUGGCUUCCAGACUAAUUUUACCCAAGGCGGGUGAGUUGAAGAAAGCUGCACAAAAACGAAAAGCCAACGCUGUCGGUUGUGGGCAAAACGGUGGUUUCAGAAAAGAGUACGGAGGAGUGUUAUGGCCUCAAGUUAACGGUUCACCGGCGACCGAGAAAUCUGGCUCCAGGUCUAAUAAUUUCCUAUUUGUUGGUGUCAUGACUGCCCAGAAGUACCUGAACAGCCGAGCCGUGGCAGCGCACAGGACAUGGGCACAGACAAUUCCAGGUCGUGUGGAGUUCUUCUCCAGUGAGGGCUCUGACACCUCCAUACCCAUCCCAGUAGUGGCUUUGAAGAAUGUGGAUGACUCAUACCCGCCCCAAAAGAAGUCUUUCAUGAUGCUUAAGUACAUGCAUGACCACUACCUAGAUAAGUAUGAGUGGUUUAUGAGGGCUGAUGAUGAUGUCUACAUCAAGAGUGAGAAGCUGGAGAACUUCCUGCGCAGCCUCAACAGUAGUGAGGCCAUCUUUCUGGGUCAAACAGGAAUGGGAGCCCGGGAUGAGCUUGGGAAACUGGCUUUGGAGCCUGGGGAGAACUUCUGCAUGGGUGGGCCAGGUGUCAUCAUGAGCCGUGAAGUUCUUAAGAGGAUGGUACCCCACAUCAGAGAGUGUUUACAGGAGAUGUACACUACCCAUGAAGAUGUGGAGGUGGGCAGAUGUGUCAGGAGAUUUGCAGGUGUUCAGUGUGUCUGGUCCUAUGAGAUGCAGCAGCUCUUCUAUGAGAACUAUGAACCAAACAAAAAGGGCUACAUACGAGAUCUCCACAACAGCAAGAUCCAUCGAGCCAUCACCCUUCACCCCAACAAGAACCCCCCCUACCAGUAUCGCCUGCACAGCUAUAUGCUCAGCCGCAAGAUCGCAGACUUGCGCCACCGCACCAUCCAGCUCCACAGAGAGAUUGUCCAGAUGGGGCGCUACGGGGCAGCUGAGCCUGACCGAGAGGACCUCCAGCUUGGCAUGCCUCCUUCGUUUAUGCGCUUCCACCCCCGUCAGCGGGAGGAAGUUCUGGAGUGGGAGUUUCUGACAGGAAAGUACCUGUUCUCAUCAUCUGACAGUCAGCCGCCCCGCCGUGGGAUGGAUUCCUCUCAGAGGCAGGCCCUGGAUGACAUCAUCAUGCAGGUGAUGGAGAUGAUCAAUGCCAAUGCCAAAACACGAGGCCGGGUCAUUGAUUUCAAAGAAAUCCAGUAUGGCUACCGGAGAGUCAAUCCCUUAUAUGGGGCAGAAUAUGUCCUGGAUCUUCUGCUGCUGUACAAGAAGCACAAAGGAAAGACCAUGACAGUUCCUGUAAGGAGGCAUGCCUACCUGCAGCAGACUUUCAGCAAGAUCCAAUUCAGAGAGGAGGAGGAGAUGGAUGCCAGAGCGCUGGCCAGCCACAUCAACAAGGAGUCAGACUCUCUCUCAUUUCUGUCCAACUCCCUCAAGAUGCUGGUGCCCUUCAAGCUGGCUACCUCUGGUCAGGACCAGAGGGAGCCAAAAGAAAAGAAAAUCAACUUCUUGGUACCACUGUCAGGCCGCUAUGACAUCUUUGUGCGCUUCAUGGCUAACUUUGAACGAGUAUGUCUGAUCCCCAACCAAAAUGUCAAACUACUGGUCCUGCUCUUUAGCACAGAUAACAACACUGAGCGGGUGAAGCAGGUGGAGCUUAUGAGGGAGUAUCACAUGAAGUAUCCUCGAGCAGAGAUGGAGAUAAAGCCCGUUCCUGGCUCCUUUUCCAGGGCUCUGGCUCUGGAAGUGGGUUCCUUACACUUUUCUAAUGAUUCCCUGCUCUUCUACUGUGAUGUGGAUCUGCUCUUCUCCAGUGAUUUCCUCAAGAGAUGUCGAACCAAUGCUGUCCUGGGGGAGCAGACUUAUUUCCCCAUAAUCUUCAGCCAGUAUGACCCCAAAGUAGUGUAUGCUGGCAAGGUUCCCAGCAACAACCACUAUGUCUUCACCUCUAAGACAGGUCUGUGGAGAAACUACGGCUUUGGGAUCGUCUGUGUCUACAAAAGAGACCUGGUUCAAGCUGGAGGAUUUGACACUUCCAUACAGGGCUGGGGAUUAGAGGAUGUGGACCUUUAUAAUAAAUUUGUUCUGUCAGGGAUUAAGUUGUUUAGAAGCACAGACACGGGGAUAGUUCACAUUCACCAUCCAGUCACAUGUGACCUCAACCUGGAUGCAAAGCAAUAUAAGAUGUGCCUGGGCUCCAGAGCUUCCUCCCAUGGCUCCACCCAGCAGCUGGCUGAGCUCUGGCUGGAGAAGAAUGACCACGGUUUCAGGAAACUGGCCAGCAAUAACGGCUCAGCUAGGACAGCGUGAGAAAUGCUGGGCUGUCACAAACUGAACUCACUUUCUCCUCUUAGUGGUGGUUUCACUGCUUAAUUUAUUUUUUAAUAAAAUGAAAGAAUUCACAUUGAUAUAUUUUGAAAAUAUGUCUUUGUUUGUUUUUAAGAAGCACCAUAAUGAACAACUCGCAGAGACAGUCUGGGCUCUGAGUCUGGAUGAUAGAAGGAAUUCUGAACAGUGUUGCUUUCUGAGCCUGGUUACAGCCGGGACUCAAGGCUCCUUUUGGGUGUUCAAUUUUAUCUGUCAGUCCAGUAGAAGAAGGUGGUGCAGGGGUUAUUAAUGUGUACCUCAGUGAAGUACACAAGCAUUAAAACUUAUAUUUGUCUUGUGUGCAGAAGGCAGACUGGUGUCGAUGUCCUCAAGACCAACAGUGCUUAAAACUACAUUCAGCUCUUGAUUGUGAAUGUUUACAAAGACUGAUUCUGAACAGCAUUUUAUGAAUAAGAAUUCCAAUUAGAGCUUUCUCAAUGAUUACCGAGGGCCCUUUCAUUAGAAGUCUUUGAUUUAAGUUGUUUCCUUUUACAUUUACUUUUAUGGUUUUGGUAAUAUGACUUAACACUGUUUCUGUUUCUUUUUUAUAUUUUUCUGUAUUGUUAAUUUCUGUGAACCCACCUGCUGGAUUUGAUAUCUGCAAUUCAUUAUUUUCUAUCUAAUUUAUUGAAUUUGCAGGCUCCAUUUUCUACAAUCUGCUGAAAUGUGUAUGUUGGAACAGUUGUAUAACCAUGUCAGUUGUGGGAUAGUUUUGUUUGUCAUUUAUGCUUUUUUUUUUUUUUUUUGCACGUUUCCUUUUUUUAGGCCAAAGGGUUUUGCACAGUCUGCUGCUGUGCAGUCUCUAUCAUGAUGCCUGUGGGUGUGGGUGUGGGUGGUGUUUUGCAGGCACAAACAUGAAACUGGCUGUAUAAUGGAGCAUAAACACAAAAGUUUGAUCUGUCCCAGACCUCUUCGUUGGGCGAACUGGGAGCUGAGCUUUAUUCCAGAAGCUUGAAAUGGCAGCAGUGCUUUGAUUAUCAGCCAGCUCAAAUCACACAUGGCUGUCUUUUUUCUAAAUCAGUUUUAUAUGUUAACAUAAAAAAGUGGUGUGUCAUUUGGGUCCACAAAGGUGUGUCCUGUGUUACAGGUUUGAUGUCAAAGCAUUUCCUUAUGUCAUGCCCCUGCCUGUGUACUUGCAUUGUGUAACACUCUAUUGGGUUGAUGCUCUUGUUUCAGCAUUACAACAUGAAUCGGUGAUUCAUGUUGCUGUGCUGUCAUGUUUUUAUUUUCUUGGCCUUUUCUAUUUUUUUCGUUCUUUUAACUCAGUCUAAAUGGACAAGGUUUUCUAUUUAAAAAUGAAUAAAAUGGG